ACAUACUAGAACAUAACCCCAACAAUGGGUUAUAACCUGCAUAACAUGUAACCUACAAAGAUUUGAAAUUUUUAAAAUGAUUAAGAAACGAUAUAACUGGAAGGCAAGGCAGCCAGUGAAAACUGUUGUUGAUAAUUCUGAUACUCGGAAGAUUCAACUUGAUUUAAAUGUAGAAGGGACCUACGACGAUUCUAAUGUACUUGCAUUACCUUCGAAAAAACGAAAAACAAAAAUCAAACAUACAAAAUCGGAACCAACUCGUAUACUUUCAAAGAAACAAAGAAAACGAUUUGAAAAGAUUAUUGAAAGGAAAAAUAAAAAGAUUAAAAGGGCAGGACUGCUAGAGGAACUAGCUAAAGUUCAGGCAUCACCUCAGGAAUUAGAAAAAUUAACUUCAAUUUCAUCAGUGCAAACAAAGGGUCUCAAGCGACAUUUCUCUGAACAGCAAAAUGUUAAUUUUGAAGAUUUUGACUUCAAUUUAGAAGAUAUUGGAGAUACAUCAGGCAAGAAUAAAGUUAUUAUAAACAGUAUAAAAGGAGCUAAAAGAAAAAGAAUAUUAUUGCAAAAAGCAGAUAAGAAAGUUAAUGAUCCCAAUGUUGUUGGCUUUGAUUCAUCUUCGGAUUCUGAAUCAGAUCUACAUACUGAAAAUAAUGAAGUCAAAGACAAAGAAAGUUUAAAUGCAAAUGAAAAUAAUAUUGACAGUACUAAAAAUGAAGAUAAAAAUUUGGAUAAAGAUAAACAACAACAGCAAAGCCUACAGAAAAAUAAAGAAGGGAAGAUAAAAGAAACUAAAAUUACUGAAGAAUGUAAUCUGGAAAAUAAAGAAAAGGGAAAAGAAACUAAAAUUGAUAAACAAAAUAGAAGUAAUGGAGAUGGCAAUACAAAUAAAGAAGAUAAGAAAAAUAAUAAUAAAGAAAGAUAUAAUCUGAAUCAUUUGGAAAGGAGACCUGCAAUAUUUGUAGGUAUUAAAAGAGAUUCUAAAAUUCAAAAAGCCAGGCUGAAAUUGCCAAUUUUAGCAGAAGAACAACAAAUUAUGGAAAUUAUAAAUGAAAAUUCAAUUAUUAUUUUAGCUGGUGAAACAGGAAGUGGUAAAACCACUCAAGUUCCGCAAUUUCUAUAUGAGGCUGGUUAUGCAUUGGAAAAAAUGAUUGCGGUAACAGAACCGAGACGAGUAGCUGCAAUAUCAAUGUCUAAACGUGUAGCCCAAGAAAUGAGUAUGACCUCCAAGGAAAUCUCUUAUUUAAUUCGUUUUGAAGGUACCGUUACUGACCAAACGAAAAUUAAAUUUAUGACCGAUGGUGUACUUUUAAAAGAGGUCCAAACAGAUUUUUUACUGACUAAAUAUUCAGUUGUUAUACUGGAUGAGGCGCAUGAAAGAUCUGUUUACACUGAUAUAUUGAUAGGUUUAUUAUCUCGAAUAGUACCUCUACGAAACAAAAAAGGAAUUCCUCUAAAAUUAAUUAUCAUGUCCGCUACGUUGCGAGUGCAGGAUUUUACAGAGAACGUGCGUCUUUUCAAAGUCACCCCACCUCUGAUUAACAUUGAUGCCCGGCAAUUUCCGGUUACCGUUCAUUUUAACAAACGCACGAAUGAAAAUUACCUACAAGAGGCUUUUAUUAAGACUUCAAAAAUUCAUAAAGAAAAUUCUGAAGGAGGGAUCUUAGUAUUUGUGACUGGACAGCAAGAAGUAAAUAUGUUAGUAAAAAAAUUAAGGAAUGCCUUUCCCUUCAGAAAUAAAUACAAAUUUGAAACUCAAAACGAGAAAGAAAUCAACGAUGAUAACAGGGACGAAGAAAACAUUAAUUUACAAAAACGCUUACGGAAAAAGAAAACGAAAAUAAUUCCAGAAAUUAAUUUAGAUGAUUAUAGUUUACCAGGAGAUAACGAAGACUCUGAAAAUGAGGAAUUAAAUUCAGAUGAAGAAUUUGAAACUGAAAUGACAGUUGUAUCUAAUAACUCACAACCAUUGUGGGUUUUACCCUUAUAUUCCAUGUUACCUUCGCAUAAGCAAGCAAAGGUAUUUCAGCCACCUCCCCCUGGCUCUAGAUUGUGCAUAGUUAGCACAAACGUGGCAGAAACAAGUUUAACUAUACCAAAUAUCAAGUAUGUCGUUGAUACUGGAAAAACAAAAAUGAAAUUGUACGAUAAAAUUACAGGAGUUACAAGUUACAUAGUGACGUGGACAAGUAAAGCGUCUGCAAGUCAACGAACUGGAAGAGCAGGCAGAAUGGGACCUGGACAUUGCUAUCGAUUGUACUCCAGUGCAGUCUUUAAUGACAUUUUUCAAGAUUAUGACACCCCUGAGAUUCAACAAAAACCGGUCGAUGAUCUUUAUUUACAGAUGAAAUGCAUGAAUAUCGAUAAAGUUGCAAACUUUCCCUUUCCCACGGCGCCCGAUAUGUUACAGUUAAAAAUGUCAGAAAAUCGACUGACCACUUUGGGAGCUAUUAAAGACAACAGAGUAACACCUUUAGGUCGUGCCAUUUCGAAAUUUCCAGUACUUCCCCGUUACGGAAAGAUGCUUGCUCUAAGUCAUCAAUAUGAGCUACUUCCCUAUACUAUUUGCCUAGUAGCUGCUCUCUCUGUUCAAGAAGUUCUUUUAGAAAAUCCUAUUGGACAAACUGAUUCAGAAGAAGUUAAAAAUGUGAGACAAAAAUGGAUUUCAUUGCGUCGUCAAUGGGCUGGAACUGGGAAUUUUCUACUUUUGGGAGACGCGAUGGUUCUGCUAAAAGCUGUGGGUGCUGCGGAAUAUGCUAAUUCAGAGGGAAAACUAGAGAAAUUUUGCAUUGAAAAUGGUCUGCGAUACAAGGCUGUUGUAGAAAUAAGGAAACUGAGAAUUCAACUAACGAAUGAAAUUAAGACAAAUAUGCCAGAAAUUGACAUAGUCGUUGAUCCCAAGCUUAAUCCUCCCACAGACUUACAAGCAAAACUUCUGAGACAAAUUAUGCUCUCUGGAAUGGGAGAUCAAGUGGCCAAAAAAAUAACACCGGAUGAACUAAAGGACGGUGAAGAAAGGAGGAAAUAUAAAUAUGCAUACCACGCAAAUAAUAUGGAAGAGCCUGUAUAUCUACAUCAAGGUUCGGUUUUAAGAAAAAAUUUGCCCGAAUACGUAAUUUUCCAAGAAAUAUACGAAACGAAUAAGAUGUACAUGAGGGGCGUGACUGCCAUCGAACCCGAAUGGUUACCUAUCUAUGUUUCUAAUCUCUGCAAUCUUGAUCGACCAUUAACGGAACCGGAACCAUUUUACGAUGUGAAUUCAGACAAAAUCUUUUGCUAUGUAACCGGUACUUUUGGUUCACAAAACUGGCCAAUUUCAAAUGUAAAAGUUGAAUAUCCUGAAACUCUAGAUGCAUAUAAAUGGUUUUCCAAAUUCCUUUUGGAAGGAAAAGUGUUCAACAAAUUAGAAAAAUAUAAAAGCGUUCUUUUAAGUUCACCGAGUAUGAUGGUGAAGACUUGGGCAAAAUUACAACCUAGAACAGAUGGUAUUUUAAAAAUGUUAGCUUUUAAACACACUCGUUCUAGGGCAAAAUUGGAAGAAUUAUGGAAAGAAAAUCCUAAGUUUUUACUCACAGAAUAUUUAAGAUGGCUACCGCAAUCAGCUUAUGGAGAAGUUAGUUUAAUGUGGCCUCCUAUUUAAAAUUUACGCCUUGAGCGGUAUUUCUGUAUAAUAUCAAUAUUAAAGUCAAUUUUUGUAAAUAAAUUUCAUAAUUUCAGUAAAAACAUUAGUUUUUAUUUA